UCAGUUUUUCAUAAACCCCAAUUAUGUAACUGUCUAGAAAUCGGAAUGCCCUCUUAAAAUUUAAAAUUAUAAAAUAUUUGUCUAAGUGCAGUGGUCACAGUAAGUCAAGAUUUAUAAUAAAAUCAAAGUGAUAUACCGCACUAGUUACUGCCUGCACAUAACUGCAAGCACCUUGCCCAUGCUACCCGCCGCAAGCCUUUUUUAGCCAAAAAAAAAAAAAAAAAAGCAAGCGCACGAGCGGGCGGGAUUGUGGGAUUCAGCACAGAGCCAGGGGAUAGAAAACAUGGCGGCGGCCGAGACUGCUGCAAACCUAUUGCGGAAGUGAGGCUGUGAAGAAGGGAGUUGUGUCCAAUGAUGCAUUCCAUGGAUUGACAAACUCUUCUGUAACUGGCUGUGACAGAACGACAAAGUAUGCAGGUGUUGUCCUGUCCUGGUGUCCUUUAACAGCUGCUGAUGACAGGACCAUGAUGAGGAGAUUCUAGGGAUUUGCCAUAGUAUGGCUGCUUCUCGAUCCACACGUGUUACAAGAUCAUCAGUGGGCAUAAAUGGUUUGGAUGAGAAUUUUUGUGGUCGAACCCUAAGAAAUCGCAGCAUCGCCCACCCCGAAGACUCCUCGCUCAUCCCUCCUCAAAGAGCCAGGUCGCCCAAAAAAAAGCAGGACUGCCUGCAACCGCUGCCCAAGGUGACGAACUCUGGGAAGGUCUCUGACUUGAAGCAGCAGCAGCACGUCCGCGAGUCAUGGAUGAGCCCCAGAAAGAGAGGCCUUUCCUGUUCUGAGAAGGACUUCCCUGACAAGCAGGCAACGGAGAACUGUGAACGCCGGCAUUCAGAAGGGGUGUCUCCGGUAUUGAAGCGAAUCAAGCGCUGCUCGCGUUCUGGGGAGCUGACAAGUUCAGAGGAAGACUCUCCGGGCAAGCUAGAGAAGUCUACCUGCAGUAAGGGGAAUGCUGCGGAAAACGAUGAGGACUCUCCUGGCCCAAAACGAGCUAGACGCUGUCUUGUACUGGAUGAUUGUGACAAAGGGGAGAUCAAAAAGGUAGACAGCCCUGUGGACAGAUUCGAUCAGCCUGUGUUUUCUGGUGAGGCUCGUCAGAUGACAAAUGGACUUGACGAGCAAGACUUGGAUGACGUUAACUGUAGCGAUAAUACAGUUGGUUCUUGCGUGUCCACUGACCCAACUGGGACUGGAUCCCUCAGUGCGGGCAACAAGACUUUGGCGCUGCUAAAUGGCAACAAAGUGAACUCUGCCCUCGAUCCCGAUGUGCCUUGUAGAAACUUGCGUUUUGAGCAAGCAGAGCUUGAUUCUCGCAGUGCAGCGGGCAGCAGCAGCCCGUCUGUUGUGAUUAGCGGUUGUUUGCAGCAGCCAUCGGCAGUCUCCUCAUCAGAGAACCCGUCGUCAUUCAGGGAGCCAGAGGAAGAGGUUGAUGUUGUGGGGGACAGCGGUAGCUCAUCCAGAGAGUGUGUUGUUGAGAAUAACAAUGGUGGCCUAAGUGCUGUACUGGACAACAAACCAAUCUCAGGGGAACCUGAGCCACCUCUAGGACUGGACUGUGGUUUGGAUGAAGUCACGUCUUUCAUGGAACCUCAAGAACACAGAUACACACUGAGAACUUCACCAAGAAGGGCUGCCUGCAGCAAGGGGAGCCCUCAUAAACUAAACUCCCCUUCCAGGGACAAUGGGUCAGUCAGAGAGGAGAAGGAAAGCCCACAUGGUAGCAAUGUACAGGCCGAAACUAAAGCUGAUGAGCCUUGUGGGAAAUCACACAAGUCUUAUCAUGAAGGGCAAAGCACUUCCAGUGACACCGCUAAGGAAUGUUUUGGGGAAGGAAUGGAUAAAUUGGCAGCAGAGUCAGGGUUGUCAAACAGCAGACUUCAGACACCCGCCAAAGAGCUUGUGAGCAGCAGCAGCCAUGCCACAGAGGAAGAUGAGGAUGAAGAGGACCCUGAUGUCUAUUUUUUUGAAUCUGAUCAUUUGGCGUUGAAACACAACAAAGAUUAUCAGAGGCUGCUGCAGACCAUUACUGUACUGGAGGCACAGCGCACUCAAGCAAUCCAGGACCUGGAAAACCUAGCAAAGCACCAGAGGGAAUCGCUCAGUGACCCAAUUGUCUUUGUAGAGCAACUCCAAAAACGGGUUGACAUAGGCCUUCCGUGUCCGCAGCGAGUUGUCCAGCUGCCCGAGAUUGCGUGGGACCAAUAUACCUCUGGCCUUGGAGACUUCGAGAGGGAGUUUAGAAACAAGAAGCGCCACACUAGAAGGUUACAGCUCAUAUUUGACAAAGUGGGGUUACCUGUUCGACCUAAAAGUCCUCUGGAUUCCAAGAAGGAAGGGGGGGAGUCCUCUUCGUACUCAGCUCUGCCUUCUAGUGAUGCUCCUGAGCAUGCAGUAUCAAGCAGCCGCUCACAGGUAAUAAGAGGAAGAAUCUGUGAUCAGAGUAAACCAGAAACUUUUAACCAGCUGUGGACUGUAGAAGAACAGAAAAAGUUAGAGCAACUGCUGCUGAAGUUCCCCCCGGAAGAGGUAGAGUCCAAACGCUGGCAGAAAAUAGCUGAUGAACUGGGCAACAGGACAGCAAAGCAGGUUGCCAGUCGAGUGCAGAAGUAUUUUAUUAAACUGACGAAAGCUGGUAUUCCAGUACCAGGAAGGACUCCCAACUUGUACAUGUACAGUAAAAAGGCGUCCAGCAAAAGACAACACCAUCUGAACAAGCACCUGUACCGGCCGUCCACUUUCUUGACCUCCUAUGAGCCUCCUGUGUACAUGGAUGAUGAUGAUGACAGGUCCAGCUAUUGCAGUAACCUGCAGGACCUUGCAACCGAGGACUCUGAUGAAGAAAGCAUUCCAAUUGAAUACCGGCAUUUACCGGAGUACAAAGAGCUUCUGCAGCUUAAGAAGAUGAAGAAGCUGAAACUCCAGCAAGCCCAUGCUGAAAGCGCACUGGUGCAACACCUUGGAUUUAAGUGUGACAAUUGCGGAGUGGAGCCUAUUCAAGGAGUCCGGUGGCACUGUCAAGACUGCCCGCAGGAUAAUUCUGUCGAUUUCUGUGAUGGCUGUUCAGACUGCUUACAUAAAACAGAAACCCACAAGCCAGAUCACCAGCUGGAUCCCAUCUAUCGAGCAGAUACCUUUCUUGACAGAGACUACUGCAUGGCCCAAAACACCGGCUACAGUUACCUUGAUCCUAACUACUUCCCUGCGAAUAGAUGACAGGGGCAAAGCGGACACGAAGACCAGCGGGCUUACCAUCCUCUUCUGGGAAUUUACAAUGGAGCUCCGUUGUAGAAGUUCAGUGCUUGUAUUGGAAGAAAGAAAAGCUGGUGCUGCUCGGUGUGGAUGUGUGUCCACCACAGCGCUGCAGCUUUCACGGGUGUCCAAGCCAAACCUCACCUGUGACCGUCGUAGGAGUUACAGGUCUCCAAAUAACAAAAUACAGAGGCAAACCAACAUUCCUUACACAGUGAAAAUGAAAGAAAGAAAAAAAGUGUUGUCUUGAACCUUUUACAAUACUGGUGAGCCUGGAGAUGAUCAGCUGACAGGUGUGAGGGUUCAGUUAAGCUCAGAAUCUGGUAGACCUACUUCACUGAAAAUGCUUCUGUGACAAGAGUUGGUCUAUUAUCAUAAAGUAACAUGAUAUAGAUAGGUGUCUGUAGAUAAGUAUUUUUGAACCAGUGAGAUAUCUUGCCAUUAUGUUGUGAAGUAGAGGUUUUGGCACAGGGACAGGCAUUUUGAUUCAUACUAGAUUUUUAACCAGUCAGUGUUUGCUAAUACAGAUCUGUUCUUAAGAUAUGUCAGUGGACCCUGCAGAGAUCUCACUGUGGACCUGUCUUCACUAAAAGCUGCUUAAUCCCUUUUUACAUUUUUUUUUUAAAUGUUUUUUUGUUCACUAAACAAUUUACCUACCAACACAGACGCACUACACCAGGAAACAAGCAAGAAACCCUGCGUCUCAUUGCUUCUGAGAACACACAGAAAAGCCAGUCAUCACUCAAGUUUCUUUUUUUAUUAUUCAUUUUUGUACGUGUAAUGUUGUAAUCAUGUGACGUGUACAAAAUAUGGUGAAAAAAGUAGUCUGUGAUAGUAACUGUAAUGUUUCUUGACGUAAUUCCACCUCUAAACUAAAUUACGCAGCCUGUGCCUACACAGUAGGAGUUGUCACGGCAACUUGGUCGCAAAACUGUCUAAUUGUCCUGCAUUUAAAAUAAAUUCCCUAAUUUUGCAGUCUGCACAAGGUCCAUAAAAGAUUGUAUUUUUAUUAUCUAUUUAAAGAAAAACAAGGUAAUUCGUCACAGCAGUGAGCAGUGGUUCACAUGCGUUCUUUUAUACAAGUAGAUUUUGUUGUGCUUCAAUUAGACCAUUUUGUAUGGUUUUGAAUUUUUUUUCUGCUUCAGUAUCUGUGUGUACAGUAUGUUCUUAAAUAAUGUACAAUUGUCAGGAGAACUGUGGAAAUAAAACUGUGGAAAUAGUCUUUCUAUAAA